AUGGGGAUGUCAUUGGACGAUGUCGGGACAAUUUUCGGCAUCGUGGGGACGGUUUUCACCGUUGUGGGGACGGUUAUCAUUGUGGACGAGUGCAAGUCCCGGCGUUCUGCACACCGGCGACGCGGUGGGCCUCGUGAGGCCGAUGAGUCUGGCCGGCCUGGGUCUGUCGAGGCAGAAGCGCGUGCAGGACAGGACGAGCCUGUCAGCCCCCCGGCCGACGUCGCGCUGCCCCAACCUGCCGUUUUGCCGCCGUUGCGUCCACGAGACUAG